AAACAUUUCUCUUCUUCCAUGUUUUUCAUCUUCACGGUUACGGUUUUAUUAUGUGUUUGCUAAUUGUUUUUAACACUUGAUAUGAAGUCUUCAAAGCUGAUCAAAUCUUCAACACUUAAUCAGUCAAUCGUGGAUACCCUUUUGCUUCAAUGCAAACAUUUAACCGAAUUCAACCAAAUUCUUUCUCAAAUGAUCGUCACCGGGUUCAUCAAAGACACAUACGCAGCAAGCAGGAUCCACACCUCCUCUACAUCUUCAUUCAUUAACGUCCAUUACUCCCGUAAACUAUUCGAUCACAUCCAACACCCAAAUGGGUUUAUCUACAACACAAUGAUGCGAUCUUACUUGCACAGAAACCAUCCAGAAGAAACUGUAUUUCUCUACAAAUUGAUGUUAGACAACAAGAAAAGUGUUUAUCCAGAUGGCUACACGUAUCCGCUGUUAGUUCAAGCUUGCAUCGCCAGGGGUUCGGUUUUGGAGGGAAAAGAGGUUCAUGAUCAUGUGGUGAAAAUGGGUUUUGAUUCGGAUGUUUAUGUUCGGAACAAUUUGGUUAAUAUGUAUGCGGUUUGUGGUGACAUGGUGGAUGCACGCAAGGUGUUUGAUGAAAGUCCUGUGAGAGAUUUGGUUUCGUGGAACUCCAUAUUGGCGGGGUAUGUUCAGAUGGGUGAUGUGGAGGAAGCGAAGGUGGUGUUUGAUCAGAUGCCGGAAAAGAAUGUGAUCGCAUCGAAUUCGAUGAUUGUGUUGUUUGGUCGGUGCGGACGUGUGGACGAAGCGUAUCGGUUGUUUGUUGAGAUGAAUGAGAAGGAUGUAGUUUCCUGGACUGCAAUGAUUGGUUGUUAUGAGCAAAGUGGCAUGUGUCAACAGGCUUUGGUUAUGUUUGUUGAAAUGAAUCGAAAGGGGAUUGGUAUCGAUGAAGUUGUAGCAAUCAGUGUGCUUUCCGCAUGUACUCGCUCGUCACUUCUUGAAACGGGAUCGUCCGUCCAUGGAUUGGUUCUUAAAACCGGAAGAUUAUCUUAUGUUAAUAUUCAUAAUGCUUUGAUUCACAUGUACUCCACUUGUGGAGAUAUAGCAGCUGCAGAGAAGCUCUUUAAUACAAGUUCUCACACCGAUAUUGUUUCGUGGAACUCUAUGAUCUCUGGCUAUUCGAAAUGCGGUUCACUCAAGAAAGCACGCGAAGUGUUUGAUGAAAUGUCUGUGAAAGACGUUGUCUCAUGGAGCGCGCUAAUAUCGGGUCAUUCACAAGCAGGGAUGUUUGAAGAAACUAUUGCGUUGUUCAAUGAGAUGAUGGUUCUUGGUCAAAUUAAGCCCGACGAGACCAUUUUGGUUAGUGUGAUCUCGGCUUGCACGCGGUUGGUGGCUCUCGAGCAAGGUAAAUGGGUUCAUACGUAUAUUAAAAAGAACGGUUUAUUGGUUAAUUCUAUUCUUGGUACUACGCUUAUCGACAUGUACAUGAAGCUAGGAUGUGUGGAAAGUGCGGAAGAUGUUUUUUAUAACAUGGAUAACAAAGGAGUAUCGUCUUGGAAUGCUUUGAUUCUCGGGCUUGCCAUGAACGGCGAGGUGGAGAAAUCCCUUGAAAUGUUCUCGGAAAUGAAAAAAUCCGGGGUAGCUCCUAAUGAGAUAACGUUUGUGGCGGUCCUUGGUGGUUGCCGCCACAUGGGGUUGGUGGAUAAGGGGCGGGAGCACUUUGAUUCUAUGAUCAAUACACAUAAAAUUGAGCCGAAUAUCAAGCAUUACGGAUGCAUGGUUGAUCUUCUUGCGCGUGCUGGAUUCCUCAAAGAAGCCGAAGAACUAAUUGAUAGUAUGCCCAUGGCACCGGAUGUUGCUACAUGGGGUGCGUUGCUUAGCGCGUGUAAGAAACAUGGCGCUAAUGAAAUGGGAGAGAGGGUCGGGUUGAAGCUGGUUGAGCUUCAACCCGACCAUGAUGGUUUCCAUGUUCUUUUGUCAAAUAUAUACGCGUCAAAAGGAAGUUGGGAACACGUGGUGGAAAUACGUGGGACAAUGAUUGAAAACCACGUUGUUAAAACGCCUGGUUGUAGCAUAAUAGAAGCCUAUGGUAUAGUUCAUGAGUUUGUAGCCGGGGACACGGGACACCCUCAGAUUCAUGAGAUUGAGGAAAUGUUGGAUAAAAUAACUGAACGAGUGAAGUUGAUCGGUUAUUCCCCAGAUACGAAAGAGGUUUGUUUCGAUAUUGAUGACGAGGAGAAGGAAACAACACUUUUUAGGCAUAGUGAAAAACUAGCAAUCGCUUUCGGGCUAAUGGUUACUGGUCCAACGACUCCGAUCCGAAUAAUGAAGAACUUAAGGAUAUGUAACGACUGUCAUGCACUCGCGAAGCUCGUAUCGAAAGCAUUCGAUCGGGAAAUCGUUGUGAGAGAUCGACAUGUAUUUCACCAUUUUAAGCAGGGUUCUUGUUCGUGUAUGGAAUAUUGGUAAUGAAUGUUAUAGAAGUGACAAUUUACUUAUAAACGGUUGGAUUUCAAAUGGGCCAAAUUGAUGUGCCGGCUUUGUA